UUAAUUUUUUUUAGUGGUAACCACUAACGUGGAAGCUGUGGCCGGAAUGGUGGCAUACUUACCGUGUAACAUGACUCCACCGACUCCGAGUGAUCGCGUAACGUUGGUCAUCUGGUUCAAACAAGGAGAGACCAAUCCGAUAUACAGUUACGACGUGAGGCAUGGAGGGAAUUUGAUGCCAGCGGCACCCUCCUCCAAAACGCCGGACGGGCCACAGCAAAAAUCCAUCCCAGUCACGGGCCCCCAUCGGUCCGAUGACAAGACGUUGGACGGCCGAGCUUACUUUCGUGUCACCUCGAAACCGGCUGCACUCAUCGUGCAGGACAUUGGUGACAAGGACGCAGCCGUGUACAAGUGUAGGGUCGAUUUCAAAAAAUCACCCACCCGCAAUUCCAAUGUCAAUUUGACCGUCAUACUGCCCCCGGACCGGCUGAGCGUGCUGAACGAAAAAGGCGAUCACAUACCGCAUUAUAUACUCGGGCCAUACAAGGAAGGUGUGACGGUCGAUAUCACGUGCAUCGCAAGCGGAGGACGUCCGCCACCUCGUGUCACCUGGUGGCAAGAGAACGCGCUGAUCGAUGAGACGUUCGAAACGCUACCGGACCGGAAGGUGAGAAACGUGUUGCGCCUAGAACGACUUGAACGCCGACACCUCAACACCGUUUUCACUUGUCAGGCGUCCAACAAUCACAUGGUACCGCCCAUAUCCAGCUCCGUCUCGUUGGACAUGAUACUUCGUCCGUUAUCAAUUAAAUUGGUUGGUGAAAAUCGUCCACUAUCUGCAGAUUCACCUGUAAACGUCAGUUGCCGAGUCACAGGCGCAAAACCGCCACCAAUCAUCACCUGGUGGAAAGAUGCUACUCAAAUGACAGAUGCCAAACAAAUAACCAGUCCGGAUGGUAACAUAACUACGAGUGUUCUGACAUUUACUCCAGCGAUCAAAGACUCGGACAACACCUUGAGCUGCCGAGCAGAGAGCGGCAAACCGGAUACCGUUAACAACAGACACAGCGGCAAACCCGAUGGUCGCCAACCUCAAGCAGUCGAUGUUGAUUCUUCUGAUGGAUGGAAAAUAAACAUAUUUCACGUACCUGUUGUUAACCUUGAACUUGGCAGUAACAUCAACGGCAGCGCUAUACAAGAAGGCAUGGACGUAUAUUUUGAAUGUAACAUCAAAUCCAACCCAUGGGUGUACAGAGUGACUUGGAGACACAAUGGAAAACUGCUGAACAACAACCCGGCCGCCGGCACGAUUGUCAGCAAUCAGAGUUUGGUCUUGCAAAAGGUUUCCCGGAGCCGCGCCGGCAUUUACACGUGCGUCGGUAGCAAUCAGGAGGGCGACGGUGAAAGCAAUUCAGUGCCAUUGGACAUUAAAUUCGCCCCAGUAUGUCGACCCGGCCAGGAGACAGUUCAAGGGGUGGGCAGACGCGAAGCUGCCAAAGUGCUGUGCGAAGUGGAGGCUAACCCGUCGGACAACGUGCGGUACACUUGGCGUUUCAACAACUCUCGGGAAACCGUCAACUUAGACCGUGAUCGUUACACUGAGGAGGGACCUCGGAGCACUGCCGCGUACACGCCAUUGACGCCACUCGAUUACGGGACACUCAUGUGUUGGGCGAGCAACGAGUUCGGCAAACAGACAGUACCGUGCGUGUACCAGGUGAUAGCUGCCGGGCGCCCGGACAGCUUGGAAAAUUGCUCGGUGGUAAACCAGACGUCGGCAUCGCUGGUGGUCCGGUGCCAACCCGGUUUUGACGGUGGCCUCAGCCAGAGGUUCGUCAUGGAGGUGUACGAUCGGCAUGGACAGUCGCUGGCUGGCAACGUGACGGCCGAUCGUCCAGCGUUCACAGUGGGCAGUCUUCCUUCCGGUUUGGGAUUCGACAUCAGCGUUUACGCUUACAACAGCCGCGGACCGUCCGACCCCGUCCAGCUCCACGCCUACACCCUCAAGUCGGCCGAGAAACGCACAGCGGUCACUCCCUCUGGAUUCCGCUUUUCACCUAUGCUAGCGGUGAUCGCCGUCGGAUGCGUCGCAUCUGUCGUGUCCAUCGCGUGUAUCGUGGCCGUAGCCGUGGCGGUGCAGCGGAAAAGAGCUAGACGCCGUCGACGCGAAAGGUCAAACGACGAGUCGAAAACGGCCAUCGACGGCGUUGGCGGAAACGGGACUGGUACAGGAGCUGGAACCGGAAUCGGCGAUGGUGGUGGAGUUGAUGGCGGUGCUGGUGGAGGCGGCACCGGAAGAGGAACCGAUGGAGGUACAGGUGGAGGCGACGGUGGAGAUCGUCAUCAUCAACGAGCAGAUGCCGUCGACGACGGGCUGGAAAAGAAUCCUGACAUCAUACCGCACGAUAACGAUUACUUAGACGAAGACGAAAAGGCAUUUGAACGGUUAAACAGUGGCAGAAUAUACUCUUCGCGAAUGGUCGACGCAGAAGCAUGCAAACAACAAGCUCGCGGACUCAUGCCACCACCUCCUUCGAUGACGCCACAACAGCAGAUCUAUUCUUCGGACAUUGUUGGUGGUUCUCCGUCGGCCGGUGUAGUGUACCCAAACCUUAUGUGUCCCACACCGCCACCACCACCGUCACAGUUGUUGCUUCAUCAACACUAUCAGCAACAGCAACUGCAGCAGCAACAGCAACUACAGCAACAGCAGCCCACUACUGCAUUGCACCACCACCGGCACAACGGCGGUGGACCUCAGCACGUGCAAUACGUGCAGGUUGACCACCAAAACCAGUUCGCAAGCCACCCACACCAGCAUCACCAUCUACACCAUCAUCCCCUGCCGCCACCGCACUACCAGCCGGUCCCGCAGGCACGGACCAUGACCCUUGGCCGGUACCACAACAACCACAAACACGGUCACAACCAACCACAAGACCGUUCUGCCGAGAUACCUCUGUUGUUGGCCGCCCAACCUGGACUUCAACACCACCAUCAGCUUCACCAGCGCGAGAGCACGACCGACUUGACGGCGGACCAGCAGCUGCAGCAGAGGGGCGCUGUCGGACCAGUUUUCGGCAAACCACCCCCGUCGGCGGUGCCAUCACAACAGCAGCAGAUCAUUGCUGCCACGAGGUUCUGACAGACGGACUUCGAGCCGAUUCCCGAGGACGAUUUGGUCAUGUUGUGAACUCGCCCCCGGACAACCCCCAACACGAGACGACGGCGACCACACAACUGCAACUGACCGUAUACUAAGUCCUCGUGAGAUUGUAGUAUACGGACCGUGGAACUUCGGCUUAUACGCAAGACGCAUAAAAAAAAAAUGCACGAGGGGGAUGAACGAAAAAAAAGUGUUUUUUAUUUUUCUCAAAUUGUUUAAUAAUGUCUUCUACUGUUGUCGUUUGAUUUCUGUACCCGUCUCGAGCUCCGCUUUCAGUCAUAGACCACCGUUCCGAUCGUUGCGAUAUACCGCGAUAAAUAAUGUGCUUAUACUCAACUUGAAUUGCCUACACUUAACCCUAUACGUGAGGUCCCAUUGCACGAAGCGAUCGACCGUCAACUUUCUGAAAAAGUAAAUCGCGAUCGAUGUGCGCCCACCUGUCUCUAGCUGUAAGAAAAUAGUAUUAUGAUGUAGACUCUUGACGCCCUCCCCCCACCCCUCACCGCCACCACGAAUGAAAAACGUCAUGUCGUGAUGCCGGCGGCAGAUCCGUAUCUACGUACCGUCGUUAUAAAAUUUUCGACGGCGAUAAUUAAUCACGAAAAACCAUCUCAAAGUAUAAUAAAUCCCGAAACUAUAUACGGGACAUCUGUUUCGUCGCUCCCGAAAACUCUUACGGGCACACUCAAAACAUCAUUAUAAAAGUUUCGCCGUUGUAAUAUAAUAUAUUAUAUUGUGUACGCGCACGCUAGAGGUAAAUUAACGAUAGUUAAUUUUUUUUUUUUUACGAAUGAAAAAAACGCAGAAUGUCCGCCCAACGUCGUCGAAAUUUCUCAACUUAAUGCUUUUUCUUUUUUUUUUCUUUUCCUCUUUGAUAUAGGUACCCGCUUUUUUAUGACACUACUACGUUAGUAAGGCCCUCCAAGUCGUCACCUCCAAACGAACCAGGUAUAGGCGUAUAAAUAUGGUUUCAUCGUUCGAUGAUUCUGCUACGAUUUUUCGUGCGUUAUAAUCGCAUGAAUCGCACAACCACUUAGAAUGACCCUGCGCUCAAAUUGACGACAAACUAGAUCGCAAAAUUGUAUGCCGAAACGUUUUUCCAUUUUCCGGAGUGCCAAAAACGUGGUGGUGGAGUUUUUGUUUUUCUUAAUAUAUUAUCGAGACAAUCCAUGAUACAUCUCACACGAUCCAAAUCGAACAUUUGUUUUAAUUCUACUCGGUUUUUGUUGGAACAUAGGUGGGUAUGUGUGUCCAUUUGCCUACCCAUACCCGUCUACCUGCCUAACUCUUUCAAUUACUUCGUAUUUCAAUAAAUGUGUUGCAAUACAUUUUAUUAUAAUAUUAUUAACAAUAAUGUGUACCACGAAUGUUGUAAAAUAUUAAUUUUUCCUUAUCGUUCGAUGCUCAAGAGUCACUCAAUCGACGUAAAUGGACGCAAUGUUAUAUUAAUGUGUUGUUUAUGAAAUUGGGAAAUUUUUUUUUAUAAGUAUAAACUGAAUGAAUUCAAGGUUGUAAAUAUUAUGUCGUAAAUUAAAACAGCUUGUGGCCACAAUGUAUUUAUAGACUCAAAAUCUUUGUAAUAUUGAACCAUUUUAAUCAUAUUAUUAUUAUUAUUAAAUACUACUAUAACACCUAUUAUUAUGUUUGACUUGUGUUACCUCUGAGAUAAUUUUCGUUAAGUUUAAAAGUAAAAAAAAAACUUAUUAAAUGUUACUGCAUACUAUACUUUAAUAUACUGUGCUUUUGUCGUACUUAUAUAAUAUAGUUAUUAUAAAUGUCUAUUAUAUUAUUGAUACAACCUAUACUGUAAAUUUAUCUCU